UACGCGCAGCCACGUUUCCCGGGCGAGCGUCUCGCGGCGCUAGCUGGUAGUGAUAUACGCGCUCGAUAACAGACGGUCGUGCGGUGUCGAACAAUUUUAUUUUUCGCGGACAAAAGGGAGCUUCAGCGCUGCUACAGGGAGUGUCGUUGAGGGCGAGAAGCUCGGAAGAGCUUUCGCGAUAGUUGGAGUCUGCGAGGUGCGCCUUUUACGGAUUUUUCAUUGGAGAGAUGGAGAAGAGAGUAUUAUCCUCAUAACUGUCCAAACCAAGCACCACUCGACAAAAGCCCGACUACAAAGCAGAACGCAGUGAGUGAAACAUUCGAACAAUCAGUGCGACUCGCUCGUCAAGUGCGCUCCACGCAGUAAGAAAUUCUCUCGGAAGAAAGUGACAGCAACGACGAAUCCUGCCUCGUCCGUCUACGCCUUCCACUUUUUUCCGCACUCUCUCGGUGCCCCGCCAUCCGUUGCAAAAAUCAUCACGGCAGACUUCGACCCACUAGCCGCCAUUUCUACAGAGCGUGGCGGAAGCGAGUGAUGUGCCGGUACUCCCGCAGCUCUGCACCAUUGUCGAGCCGGGAAAAAGCUGCCGGCCCGGAAAGCGAAAACCUCGGGAGCCAAGUCCAAGAGUUAUCGUCGCUGCUCGAGUGAGGUUACUGGAAUUUCGGGAAGUUGUGUAGUGGGAGAGAAGAGAAGAGAAGAGAAGAGAAGACGCGGCUGCUGCGCUACUGCGGUCUAUCGAUUUUCGGGGCUGCUGCUGCCGCUGCUGCCACGAGCGAGUUUAAAGACGCGUGGAAGAGAGCCGACGAGACACGAGCCCUGCAAGGAUGCUGCAUCAGUCGUAGCCGGUGUCUCCGACGAGGAAUUACACGCGCACCCCCUUCUCCCUGCGCGCGCCGACGAGAGGACGUCAGCGGCGCCAUCGCAAGAGCGAAGCGGAGCACGAGGGACAUAACAGGGCGCCGGCAGUUCCCGCGGGGGUGGAAGCAGCGAAGCUUCCGGAAAACCGGCGCGGCGGGGGAAGAAAAUCGAUCGAAGCUGACUCGCUGCUGCCGCUGCUGCUGCAUAGCGCGUCGAGCUCGGUGCAAUGGCCUCCAAACAGCCGGGAAGGUCCUACGCCACGAGAUCACCGAGGGUCGGUGGUCCACUUUCGCAGUCUCUGGCGAUGAUACCACCAACAAUGCACGGCCACGAGUUUAAUCAGCCGCUGUCGCGGGUCGUCAUGGUUCGUAAGACGGACCAGCGGACUUUCAGCAAGGGACGUCGCGGAGGCGAGCCCUUGCUCGAGACCGUCACCCGCGAGACGGUGGAAUUGUUCAGCGGUGGUAGGGCCGAGAGGAAGUAUACCUCCGAGACGAGGGAUAUAGUUACGCCAAAAUCAAACAGUAUGCCCUCGCUCAACGUAAACGGAACGAAAAAAAAGGUCGUCGGCUUCGUCGACCAAGUGUCACCCGAAAGAUCGAGAGCAGAGUCGGUGAGGUCGAAAUCGCCACUAACGGCAUCACCCGCGUCUCCGGGACCUUUGUCCAGCUCGUUCCACGGUAGCUUCCACAGCAGCUUGGGUAGCGACGGCAUGUCCUGUAGCAGUGCGAGGUCCUCCUCGGCCUCGCCGGAUUCCGCCAGAUACUCCUCCUCACAGAUAACAAAGACUGAACCACGUAAACCGUCUGUGCGCAGAUCGGGGCCGUCCAAGGAAUUCGUCAACGUGUGUCUCGACACGCACAACUUUUACCGAUCUCGUCAUGGUGUACCACCCUUGCGGCUCAGCAAACAGCUCUGCAAGGCUAGUCAAGAAUGGGCGAACGUGCUGGCGACGAGGGGAAGGCUAGAGCACAGGGCGAACAUCGACUACGGAGAGAACCUCUACUGCAUGUGGAGCUCGAAUCCGAAGACCGUCGUCGGGGGCGAGGAGCCCGUCAACGAGUGGUACGCCGAGGAGUCACAACACCAGUACGGCAAGGAGCCAACAACCCUGAAGACGGGCCACUUCACGCAAGUCGUUUGGCGCGACAGUACCGAAUUAGGCGUCGGCAUGGCGCGUAACCGCAACGGCGAGGUUUAUGUCGUAGCCAAUUACAAUCCACCUGGCAACUUCCUUGGGAGUUUUGCUGAGAACGUCCUGCCGCCGCGCGACGCUUCCUCGACGUCCUCUUCGCCGCAGCCGGGAAAAUCCAGCCCCGAUCCCGUCCCCAAGAUCAUGGACGAACGAGCCUGGCAGGACGAAGCGCUCAAGGUGCACAACGAGUACAGGAGGAGACACCGAGUUCCCGAACUGAGGCUCAAUGCCGACUUGAGCGCAGCGGCCAAGGCAUGGGCGUGCACGCUACUAAAUACGAACAAGCUCAUACCACAGUCUUCGUCGCCGUACGGCGAGAACAUAUAUUCAAUGCAGUGCUCCGAUCCCAAGCUUAUCGUCUCACCUCGAGAAGUCAUCUCGAAAUGGUAUUCGGAAAGGAAGGAGCAUAAAUUUGGAGUCGAGCCCAAAGUUCUCAAUACCUGCCAUUUUACGCAGAUAGUUUGGCGCAAUACGAGAGAGAUGGGCAUCGGCAUGGCAAAGCGUGACGGUACCUGCGUCGUUGUCGCCUGUUAUUAUCCGCGAGGCAACAUCGUCGGACAGUUCACGGAGAACGUGCUUAAGCCGGUCAAGAGUGCCGCGACAUGAUCGACAGCUGCGUGCACUGCUCCUAGUCUCACCUUGACCGACUCACCGUCGGUAUAACGGCAUGAAACCCCCAGUCGACGAAGGCAUUACAUUUAUAUUUAUAUAAAUAUUCAUUUAUAUAUAUAUAUAUAUAUAUAUAUAUAUAUAUAUAUAUAUAUAUAUAUAUAUAUAUAUGCGCAGAAAUUCCUUGCUGCACAGAUGUGUGCACCCAGAAACGAAGCGUGCGUGUUAUGAAUCUGAGAGGAGUCAUUGUUAUUAUAGAAUUUAUUGAUAUUCUUCGUUUUGAUUUACUUGAAUUUGAUUACGUUUUAUUUUUAUUCAAUGCUCAAUUCGAUGUUGGACUUUUAUUAUUUUGAAAUAGACGAUCUUCAAUCUUUGUAGUGUCUACAUGUAUAUAGUUACACGGCAUAGCUGAUUAUUUGACCAGUAACGCACAAAGUGAAAAUCUUCAUCCAUUUUCGUUACUUUUGCUCUAUCGACAAUUUAUGAUAACGAUUAACCGAACAUAAGUCUUGAAUAAUUCAAGUCUAUUUCAGAGUGAUGAUAUGUCUAAUGAUUUAUUGCAAAAGCCACAUUCAGAAAUUUAGAGUUUUAUACGAAAAUUAGAGAAAAAAGCCAUAAAAAAUACUGUGGCGUGUUUAUUUUUGACAUUAUCAUAUUAAAAGCGUUAAGAGCUUUGCUAUUUGCGAAACCUUUUCUUACUAUUAUGUAUUACGAUUAUUGAUUUAUGAUACGAGUAUUUUGUAAAUAAGACUAUUGAACGUGGUUAAGCACGUUGUGUAGGACUCGUACAUUCCACGUAUUCUUCAGAGUACGGAUGCGCCGUUGUAAGAUACGAACGAACGAUUCAAACGUAGAUCAUCAAUUAACAUUUUAUUAUGAUGAGUAAAAGAGCAAUAACAUCAAUAAGAAUGACUAUCUAAUGGAUUCUUGAUUUACGUUGACGUAAUUAUGUAUUUAAUACGUAAAUAAAAACUCGUUUACAUAAAA